AUUUGCUUCCUGCUGCUGUCGACGACGAAUAUACAUACAUGUACAGAGUCGAGGGUCCCAUUGCGACGUCAGCCUCCGGCGGCGGCGUGUGGCUCUGUCGCAACGCCAAGGGUCGCCAGUCCGCCAUCAAGCGAUGUGGCCACAGCCUCACGUCCAGCGUCGGCACCGACGACGACCUGGACGUCGGUGGUCAGUCGCAACACGACAUCGAGCGCCGCGUGAACGUGACGUUGAAGCGGCACCGUCACCGCCACAUUCUACAGAUGGAGGACUACUUUGAGGUCGACGGGUUCCAUCACCUCGUGUUCGAGUACUGCCCGAACGGCGACCUCCUCUCGCACAUGAAGACGCUACCCCACGGCCGGUUUCCUCAAGCGCAGGCGGUGCGCUACAUGCGGCAGGUCGUGUCAGCCGUCGACCAUCUCCAUACCCACGGGAUCGCGCACCGCGACCUGUCGCUGGAAAACGUCCUCCUGGACAACAAUCGCGACUGCAAAGUGUGCGACUUUGGCCUGGCGGUGGCCGUCCCGAGCGUCCACGACGACGCGGUGGGCAAGCUCAACUACAUGGCGCCCGAAGUGUACGCAGAGGCCGAGUACGACCCGCGCGUGGCGGAUGUGUGGUCCCUUGGCAUGAUGCUGUUCAUCAUGAUCACCGGCGUGCCGCUUGUGAACGUUCCCGACGAAGCCAGUGACAAGCGAUUCUUCAUGUUGACGCACUUUGGGGUACUGGCCCUCGUGAACCGAUGGAAGUUGGAGGGCCUGUUCUCGGAACCAGUCUUGGAGCUCAUCGAGCGCAUGCUGGACCUCGAUCCGGCGAGGAGGAUCGACGUGCGCGGCGUCAAGAAGGCGCUGGGGAAGCUCAAGCGGGGGCAUGUCCACCCCGCAGAGUUCCGACCUACCACGCGCUUUGCAGCCUUCCUGGGGCCACUAAGGCGGUGGCUGCUCUAGAUUUUAUCGCUGUGUUGUAGUAGUGUAUUAUUUAUUCAUCGACGGCUCGGAGUACGUUGGUUGUACCAAUAAGCUGCGUUUAGAUGGCUUGCGCCGUCCUCCAUUCGUGCACAGUAUAGUACUGUCUGUAAUGCACGAUAGUGCACUGUUUUUGUCCAUGUACCA